AUGGCAAAAUAUUGUCAUCUUGCCCUGCUUUUGUUCUUGAUAUGCCAAACCAGUGAGCUCGCAUUUGCCGUGGCGUCACCGAAGGAGCGGACCACUUUGUUUUCUGGGAAUGAUAUUGCCUCUUGGAUGAAACCGAGUGCCGGAAGUGCCACUCAUCGCUUCCAUGCGCCUUUCCUGUUCGGAGUGGAGGGGGGCAUUGUCGCCACUGCUGCCGCCCUAUACAAUGGUUCCGAGAAUAACAAUAAACUGUUUUUGUUAUCAAAAUUCAGUACAGAUGGCAGCCAAGUAUGGAACAACAAUACUGGGUCAGAAGUAACCACUGACGAAGAGGGAAGUGGCGAAGAGGCAGCGGCGACUGGCCCACAAUUUCCCUUGAGGGUAAUUGCACUUGUGGAGGGUCACGGCGAAAAUGUUGCAGGCACGCCUUCAGGGACAUUUGGUUACGUCACGAUGAUUGAGAGGGGGGAAGAUCCAAGCGAAGGUCUGCAGACCCUUCCCAUGUUAAGAAAUUCCAGUAUUGCUUAUGAGGUUGCGGGUGAAUCUCUGAGGAGAUAUCGGGCUUCCGCCUCCGCUGCAAUUGUGACAGAGACGCACAGACUUGUGGUUCCUUUUGAG